UCGUACUGCCUUUGUACAAGGUUCUGGAGCUGCACAGUGAUAUCCAGCAGAGUGCCCGAGCAGCGCCGCCCCAUUGCACUCAUCCUCUCCUGGCUCGAGCAUCGAACGCAAAUGAGUCCUAUGUUGCCUCUGGCGUGAAAUAGAACCAAAAGAGUUAUUGAUUCGCCUUUGAAACGCAUUUACCAUGUCCGCCGCCUGGCUUACGCCGCCCGUCACACUGACGGGGAGUCGCGAGUUUACCUGCGACAGCUUUGGCUUCACACAGGAGCAGUGUGAUUACUACCAGCAGCGUUGGCAUUUCUGGUUCAUUGCCGACCAUGUCUAUGCGCUGUCGACAAUCGCCUUCCUAAUGAGCGUCCUCGGCAUCUUCGUCAUUGGCAACGUUGUCUCGCAGCUGCUGGGGCAUCGAACAUGGCGUGGCUCUUCCCCGUGGCAGAAAGUAAUUGCAGUAACACGAUACUUAUCUUACCGCGGCUUUCAUGUCAAGGCACUGCGAUGGAACUCGGCCCCCUUGGGGCUUCUGCUUCUUGGGGCUGCAGGGACUGUCUUUUUCUUCUGCAUGGAUUUGAUUCCCCAACCGUAUUACUGGUCAAGUUUGGAUUUUGGCGGCUCUCCACCAUUGGGGACAAGAUCAGGAUGGAUGGCUCUGGCAUGCAUGCCUUUUGUCUUUGCGACUGCGACUAAGACGAAUUGGAUCACACUUCUCACGGGUGUCUCGCACGAGAAGCUCCAGGUGUUCCACCGAUGGAUAUCCUACGCCUUUUUCCUCCUCGCGCUUAUGCAUACGUUUCCCUUUAUCGUCUUUCACAUCCGGUUUCACGAUAUGGUCAUGCAGUUCGAAAUGGGCCUGAUAUUCUACUGGACAGGCAUCGUAGCCAUCAUCUUGCAGGCUUGGCUUACUUUUGCGUCCCACAGUGUGAUUCGAAACUUGGGCUAUGAAUUCUUCAAAGCAACCCAUCUACUCGCCGCCGCGGUAUUUGUCUUGAUAUUCUUCUGGCAUUGCGACUACACCCUGACUUCUUGGCACUACUUCAUUGCGACAGCGGCUGUGUACGUCCCUUGCUACGUUUACCCAUGGCUGAGGACUUGCUUCGAGUACGGCACGCGAGCAAAAGCUCAGGUCACCGUUGAGGAUGGUGGUUUUACACGCAUUUCAAUCCCGGCGAACUUUACAUGGAUCCCCGGACAGCACUGUUUCCUCCGGUUCACCGGCUUUGGAUUCUUCCAAUCCCUAUCCGCUCAUCCGUUCACAAUUUGCUCGAUGCCAGCCAAUGGAACCGAAGAAAAGUCGGAGCUUGUCUUCUAUAUUCGCCAUCAGCGGGGCUUGACGGCACGUCUGUACGAGUUUGCUCUGAAAAGUCCGGCUGCCUCCAUCCCUGUACUCGUCGAUGGUCCUUACGGAGGAAUCAACCUUCAGUCGUAUGCUCACAGCGACCAUCUUCUUGUCAUUGCAGGAGGAUCAGGUGCAGGAUGGACCUUACCCUUUAUCGAGCAAUUCAUCAUGUGCCAACCGAAGACUGUUGAUGAAGAGCGUGGCCAAGCAGCCGACGUUGACAGCAUAACCAGGAAAACGAAAAGCAAUGAGCGCAGCAUUCCCGGGCCUUUUACUCUCCGCGUCAUUGUGGCAAUCCGAGAUUUCAGCACUCGUUUGUGGUACAUCGAAACUGUCAAGAAGCUGCUAUCCCGAUAUGAGACAUUGGAGUCGAUUUCCAGUAUUCGUAUUCAAUUACACCUGACAGGGGAGGCUGCGCGAGAGGUAGAUCCGGCUGAUAAAGAUUUUGACCUUCCAGCAGAUCUAAGCAAGCAAGCCUCCUUGCCAGAGAACACCGUCACCCAACAGGGCAAAACAGAGACUACGGCAUCGAGCCUAUUUGACGAACAUCUCGAUGGACGGCCUCAGCUACCGCUGAUAAUCCAAGAAGAGGCAGUAAGAACAGCAAACGGAGGGGAAUCACUUGCUGUCUUUGUUUGUGGGCCAGAUACUAUGCAAGAUGAUGUUCGAAAUGCCGUCGCGGAAGCAAAUCUAAAUAUCCUCAAAGGCUCUAGGUCUGGAGGAGUAUAUUUGCAUUCAGAGCAUUUCUCUUGGGCAUAAAUGACUAUUGUUCUUUGUAAUUAUAAUAUUAAAUGAUACACAGGCUGCAGCAUAACCUUCCUCUGAAUCAGCUAUUACAGCUUUUCUGACCCUCUUUAAUAUACAUAUAACGUCCAUAUAUCCACAAGAUCAAAUUAUAACUAAAAUCUCAAGAAGUAUUUGAGACAUUCUGUUUAAACUCUUCGCACUCAGUCACUCUCACA